AUGUUAAUAAGUGAAGGAUUGGUAACCAUUCCGAGUCCAUGGGAUCGCAUCAACAUAUUCUCAAAACUUACAUUCAGUUGGGUGUGGAGUCUAUUCAUUCGGGCGCACAAAAGGGAUCUUAAUUUUAGUGAUGUCUACCGGUGCUCAAAAUCAGAUGAGACACAUCUGGUCCGACAUAAGCUUGAAAUCAAAUGGGAUAAACAACUAAAAAGUAAAAGAAAGCCAUCGCUAUGUUGGGCACUAAUGACAUCGUUCGGACCCGAACUUAUUGUAUGUUAUAUUCCCGAUACGAUCAGGGAAUUAGGGCUCAACCUGUUUCAGGCCUAUUGCACCACUUAUUUAGUGAGAUAUUUCAACAAUGACCCCAACACUAGCCAGUGGUGGGCGCAGUGGGCAGCCGUGGUGGGGGUUAGGAUCCGGGCCGCCUGUUGCGCUCUUAUCUACCGCAAGAUCACACGGCGAUGCUAUACGUUAACCACAAUUCGGGUGAUGCUCAAAAAAAAAAAUUAUCAUAGACUCAGCAUUGUCCAUAGGAUUAGCAUUAGUCCCAUAGAUAUUGAUAAUACCCAUUCAAUGCGUUUAAGUCACUCAUCACUCGGACAGACAACCGUUGGCCAGAUAUUGAACAUCAUGUCUAACGAUGUCCACAGAUUUGAUGAGUUUGCAAUAAUUUCGCGCUCAUUGUUUACGGCGCCACUGCAGGCGGCGAUUGUGUUAUACCUGUUGUGGCCAUACCUUCGGUGGGCGUGUUUGGCCGGUAUGACAGUAUUGGUGCUGUUUAUACCAUUUCAGGCACUGAUGGGCCGUUUGUUUCGUAAUAUACGCCUAAAGACGGCCAAAAUAACUGACAGUCGAAUCCGUUUAAUGCAAGAAAUUAUCGCCGGAAUGCGUGUCAUAAAGAUGUACGCCUGGGAACAGCCCUUCGCACAGUUGGUCGCAACCGCUCGCAAGUCUGAAGUGAAACAAAUCCGAUGGUCAAACUUUUUGAAAGGCGUUAAUCAGUCGAUUAAUUUUGUGUUAAUACGGGUUAUAAUAUACGUUUGUUUUCUAACAUAUGUACUGACGGGUGGGCUGUUGUCGGCGGUGACAGCUUUCGCUACUAUUGCUUACUUCGAUGCACUCCGUAUUAAUAUAGGGAAGAACGCACCCAUGGCAGUUGCCGCUCUGGGUGAAAUAAUUGUAGUAAUCAAACGUAUGCAGGAUUUUUUAUUACUCGAAGAGAUGAGUGGUUUGGAUGAGAGGGAAGGGAAAGACAACGAGGCGUUCAUUUCGGGGGAAAAUGAGUUAAUUCUCGGAGUAAUGGAAAACACUUCGAGUAAUGAAGAAAAAAGCGUUUUUAUGGACAAAAUGAUCGUUCGUUGGAAUAAUGCACUGAUGUGUCGUUUGUUUAGUAAUAUACGCCAAAAGACGGCCAAAUUAACGGACAGUCGAAUCCGUUUAAUGCGAGAGAUUAUUACAGGAAUGCGUGUCAUAAAGAUGUACGCCUGGGAACAGCCCUUCGCACUAUUGGUCGCAACCGCUCGCAAGUCUGAAGUGAAACAAAUCCGAUGGUCAAACUUUUUGAAAGGCAUUAAUCAGUCGAUUGAUUUUGUGAUAAUACGAGUUAUAAUAUACGCCUGUUUUCUAACAUAUGUACUGAUGGGUAGGAUGUUGUCGGCGGAGACAGCCUUCGCCAUUAUUGCUUACUUUGAUGCCAUGCGUAUUACUAUUGGGACGAAUGCACCCCGGGCCGUUGCUGCUCUGGGUGAAAUAAUUCCAGUAAUCAAACGUAUGCAGGAUUUUCUAUUACUUGAAGAGAUGAGUGGUUUAGAUGAGAGGGAAGGGAAAGACAACGAGGCGUUCAUUUCGGGGGAAAAUGAAAUAAUUCUCGGAGUAAUGGAAAACACUUCGAGUAAUGAAGAAAAAGGCGUUUUUAUGGACAAAAUGAGCGUUCGUUGGAAUAAUGAGACGACUGAACCCACGCUUCGGGACAUUAGUUUGAGUGUAAAACCCGGACAACUGUUGGGUGUCGUCGGAGCCGUUGGCAGUGGAAAGAGCUCAUUAUUAAUGGCAAUUCUGAACGAGAUAUCGCUAGUGUCGGGUCGAGUGGUAGUGAGGGGUCGGGUGUCGUACGCGCCGCAGGAGUCGUGGGCUUUCAUAGCGAGUGUUCGACAGAAUAUUCUGUUUGGCUCUCAAUAUAAUGAAGAGAAAUACAAUCGAGUGGUGAAAGCGUGCGCUUUGGACACAGAUUUCAAACUCAUGCCAUUUGGGGACAAAACACUUGUGGGGGAGAGAGGGCUGGCAUUGAGUGGCGGACAGAAGGCUAGGCUGAGAACAGUUGUUUGA